AUGGAAAACUAGGAUUAUGAACAUGAUAGUGAAGAUGAAGGGAUAGAAGAUAAUUUGAUAGGAGGUUAUUUAUUAUUAGUAUCAUUAAUAUAGGAUAUCAUCCAGUUCAUUUUAAAGAAGCACUACUAAAUAGAUAUGUUGUUAUGUAAAAGGGACGCUUUUCUACUGUAUGGUUGGCUUAAGAUUUUCAACAUGAUACUUUAGUGACUUUAAAAUUUAAAAGAGUGCAUCUCAAUAUUUGGAAGCUGUAUAAGAUUAAGUAAUAGAAACCUAACUUGUUAGAAAUUCUAUAAAAAAUUGCUUAGAACGUAUAUAAGUCAAUUUGGAUUCAAUCACUUAAAGAAUAUUAUGCAAAUGUUUAGAUUAUCUGUUCUAAUAAUGUAGAUGAUUCACAUAGACUUGCUUUAUUGAAAAAAUAUAUAAAUUAAAGAUUUGCAUUUUAGAGUUUCAGAAUUUCAGAAAUAUCAUUCCAAUUUCUGGAUUGUCAAAGGCCAACACUGAUUAAUGAAUUGGGCAUAAAAUGUAUUAUGAGGAAUUUAAGAUGUAUAUUAAACUAAAGAGAGAAAAUGAAGAAAAGGAGCAAUCUGAUUAGAAUAUUGGAGGAUUUAAUUACCUUUAUUUUAAUAAAAUAGAAGAGUAUGAAGAAUCAUUUAAUAAUUUGGCAUCAACUAGAUCUUAUGAAGGAUCUAAUUCAUAAAGUUCUCAACAAGAUAAAGUGA